AUGUCCAGCAUCAGAUUGGCUGAUCUUUCCAUCUUUACCGAUAAAGAAUUGCAGGCUCUGGCGCAAAAUGGAAUCAUCACAACACAGCAUUUAUUGUGUGUAUCGGGUUCACGAUUGAGAUAUAUUCUGGAUACCGAUACUGUAGCUUCUGCGAUGGAACUUGUCCGAAAAGUAAUUUUUAAAACCAAUCUUGUAUCGGAAAAUGAUGUCAAGAACCCAAAAACAGCGCUUUCGUUAUUACAAGAACGUAAUGCAGAGAAAUUGUAUUUGCCUUUACAAUAUAUUCCAUCAUUUAACGAAUUGUUUCAUGGAGGCCUUUCUUUAAAUUCAAUCACUGAAAUUGUUGGACAAAGCUCUUCAGGCAAAACUGAAUUUUGUUUGACUGUUGUGUGUGAUUUACUGGUUAGCAAUAAUGAUUUUGGAUGUGUAAUUUUUGACACAGAACAAAAACGCACAUAUUUAUUGACCCGAAUUCUAGAAAUUUUGAGAAAAAGAAAUCCGGAUUUGACAGACAUAGAAAUUGAUGAAAGAGUUACUAACCGUUGUACAAUUAUAGAUAUCACCAGCUCCAAAGAAUUAAUUGAUAACUUAGAUGAUAUGGAAGAGUUUAUAUUUGAAAAGAAUAUUAAGCUACUCAUAAUUGACUCUUUAGGAACAUUGGCCUCAAAAGAGUUCAUGGGUAAAGAGGGAGGAAUAUUUGAGCGUGCAAGUGCUUUACAAACAGAGGCCACCUUGUUAAAGCAAUUAAAUGAGAAAUUCAAAGUUGGAGUUAUUGUAACAAACACGCUUUCCCAAGAGAGCGAACACGCACAUCUGGGAGUGAACUGGUUUCAUUUUGUUAACCAUAGAUUGAAAAUAUCAAAAGUGGAAGAGACGAAAUUGAUUCUUAGCAUUCAAAAGUCGGCUGUAGUGAGCAACAGCAGCAUGUGUUUAGCGAUAGAUGGGGUUGGACUCAGAGAAUUAUCUCACGCAUCAGAACAAUAG